AUGAAGCUAUCGGAUACGCUCAAACAAGUUAUUGCAGAUUACCAUGAGGUAAUAAUCCUACCAAAACUAACUCGUUUACAUAAAAUAAUGCACUCGAAAAAAUUUCUUAUAAAUAUAAUUAACGCUAGUCCAGUGGAAAUACAAAUAUCUGAACUACCUGAGAUAUCAUACAAACUUGCUGAGUGGUUGAAUCGUGUACAUAAAUCACACGAGGUUAAAGAGCUGAGUGAUAUAGAACUAUUCGCACAUCUUUUAAGUGGACGACUUUGUGAACAACCUAAAAAUGAAGCUGAGACACAAAUAUUAAUAGCAUCUAUACAAGCUGAGCUUAAGUCAUUAUAUGUGGAAUCAGUAAUGAACAUUAUAGAAGAUGGGAUGUGGUAUAAUUUAGAUUAUCUAUAA